CGGUCACAUGGGCUCCGAGUCUGAAAAGGCCCCUUCGCGUCUGCACCAGAAGAGUCUCGGGGUCACCAACCGCAUAUGGCUCAUCCUCGUCGCCUUCGUCGCCCUUAUUGUAUUCACGCGCUCUAUACUACCCACCGAGACCUCUAAUCCUCGACACCGGCUCCUCCACACGGACCUCAAGCCCAAGAACUACUUGAAUGUCUCUGAUGAUUCCAACCCCUUUCCGUUUUGCCCGGCACUGGGUCCGGGCGACGAGCUCGCCUCAAGAUAUGACCCCAUUGCGCUCUCGCAGACACGCUUCCACACUGGCAGUGGGGCGCGCAUACAGCGCGUCAUCAACAAAGCCCUCGCCGGCCUUCCAGUGACCAUCAGUAUCGUUGGCGGUUCAGUAUCUGCUUGCCAUGGUGCAGGCGAUGACCCCCUUGCGCCGAGUUGCUAUCCUGCACGCUUCUUCAACUGGUGGAACAACGUGUUUCCCCACCCCGCGUCCGAGCUCACAAAUGGUGCCAUGCGUCGGACAAGCUCAUCAUAUUUCUCCUUCUGCAACGCCCACCACAUCCCUGAUAUUACGGACCUGGUAAUCAUCGAACUCGACGUCGAUGACGCGAAUACGGAGGCCUCCAUGGACGAGUUUGAGCUUCUGGUCCGGUCAAUCAUGAUUCGGCCAGAUUCCCCGGCGGUCCUUAUCUUGGGCCACUUCAGCCCACAGGUUGCUCAGACAAGAGGAUUCGCUGGCGCAGAUCAUUGGCACAGCCUUGUAGCACAAUUCUACGACGUGCCCCACAUCAGCACGAAGCCUAUCCUGUACCCAAGGUUCAUGGAGAAGCCCGCUUCCAUCAACAAGUACUUCACCGACCCCGUCCUCGCGAACGCGGCCGGUCACGAAGUCAUCGCGGACGUCCUCACGUCUUACUUCCAAACGCAAGUCUGUAACGCCUGGGCUUCGGUGAUGGGCCACUCCGCAGAAGCGAUCCCCUCCGCAGCCGCGCCUAUCUAUGCAGACGGUCAGGCGAAGCAACCCACGGAUGCGCGCGGCCUCUUCGGAGGCGUCGCACAGCGCAAGGGUGCUGCCGCAGGUGUGGUAGCGGAGGACGGCGCAGCAGCAAACCCCGCUCCCGUUUUAGACCGCGACUCAAUGGGCCGUCCACCCGCGCUCGCAGCGCAAGACCCCCGGCUUCGCGUGCCCACCAUGCGCAUCAACAGCCGACCAGCCGACCUUGAGGACACACCGUUCGAGGAGGUCGCGCCGUACUGUGUGUCGGCGAACGACCUCGUGAACCCGCUCCCGCUGUCGAUGUUCGCAGGUUCAGGCUGGGCGGCGUACCACCCGCCGCCGGGCUCCGCGGAGCUGUCGUCGCACGCGCACUACUUCUACUCGUCGCUGCCGACGAGCCGGUUCCGGGUGAACAUCCAGGUCGGCGCGGGCGACGUGGGCGUUUACUACGUGCGCGAGUCGGCGGCGCAGGUCGGCGAGGGUAGCGCAGUCGAGUGCUGGGUGGACGACAACUACCCGGGCGCGGUCGUGAUCGAGAACGCGGCGGACGUGGGAGAACCGACGCCAUCAUUGAAGAUGAUCGACCACCGCGUAGCGCGCGGGACCCACUACGUCGAGUGCCAGCUGCUGGGCGAGGAGGAUGACCGGAACGUGCCGCCAUUCAAAAUCAUCGGCAUCUUCUCGACGUGAGCGUGUCGGCGCCUUUUGGGUCCACGGUCGAGCUAGGAGGAGAGUACCUACGCGCGAGAGCGAUGUGUCGGAGUGCGCCUGUAGGUGUUUGUGGGCGUGGGUGUCUGUGCAUAGCUAGUAGAGUAAUCGAUAGAUCCGAACAGUAAUGGACAUGUUCGAGAGGCCUGUGUGCGGCGCUGGACGACAUUGGCUACCCCGC